CUCUACUAAAAGUACAAAAAUUAGCUGGGUGUGGUGGUGGGUGCCUGUAAUCUCAGCUACUCAGGAGGCUGAGGCAGGAGAAUCGCUGGAACCCGGGAGGCUGAGGUUGCCGUGAGCCGAGAUUGCGGCAUUGUUCUCUAGCCCAGGUGACAACAGCGAGACUCCGUCUCGAGAAAAAGGAGGUGCUCAUGAAGAGGUGUAUCCUGAAUCCGAAUCGGUGUGGCCCAGGGAUCCAGGGAGGUGGUGGAGAGGUUGGCUCCUCUCCUCCACAGCAUCCAGCCUGGGCCUUUGCCUCCAGCAGGUGUCACCUCUUCCUCUGUGGCCGCUGUGCCAGCGCUGGCCUCUCACCGAGCACCUCCAGCUCAUCUCUUGCCUCUGGAGGCUGAGCCUGGGGCCAGGCCAAGUGGUUUCUCUUCAGCUACCAGAGCAGCAGGCGAGGUCGGGAGAGGCUCAUCCUCCCUCAGGCCUCAAGCAACCCAGGGUCGGGAGGCCUCGAGGGGGCUGGCCCUUUCGCACUGUCCUGAGUGCAGAGGAGGCAUGGACUUGGGGACUGGGCUCACAAGGCCGACAGCUGCCUCCAGUGGCCCUGAAGCACCCAUGCGACGCGUGGUAUUAGGCUGGGGUCCUUAAAGACAGAGGUAGGGACAGGUAUUUGGGUGCACUCGGGUGUAUCGGGGAGGCAGAUGCCUUGGCCGGAUCCACCUUGAGCUGUGGACAGUGAGUGUCUCAGGAGGCUGUGCAGUGAGGCUGGGAUGCCCACACUUGCGUCACCACACAGUCAUUGGGCAAGGGCCGCUGGGGUGCAUCUGUAAUCUCCCAGGCAGUCCCGGGGCAGGGACAGCUGUGAGCAGCGGGCCCUUUAUAGCCGGCAGGUGCUACGGGACUCCACGCUGCCUAGGUGGGGCUUUAUGUCACAGCAGGGGUGGGACGGGCAGGGCCAGGGCAGGGGCAGGGCCAGUGUUGGGCUGGUCCAGUUGGGAGCAGCCCAGGGUCCCGUCGGGUCAGGGGCCUGUUUCCAGGCCUGGGCACCUGCUAAAGCUCUGGUUACCGGCACCAGUCUGCAAAGUGGGUUGGGUGGUGGCAGCCUUCAGGAUGGGCUGGGAGGGCAUACUGGGGGAGGGGAAGGGUGACCACAUGGGUGGGGGUCCAGGUGCCACUGCAGCCUGCUCCCUACAGUGGGCAGCCAGAACCCCUAGUGUCCAGCACCCACACGUGGCAGCCUUGGCAUCUGAGUGGCUUUCCCUGUGAGCCCCUCCUUGCAGGAUGGACCCUCUGGGAGUGAGGAGUAAAAGUGUUGGGCCGUGCAGCCCCUGCCUCCUCACUGGUGGGACCCUGCCCUGCUGUGCAGUGGGGUCCUUCAUGCUGGGAUCUUUGUGGUCCCCGUUCUUGGAGAGAUGCCCGGGGUGGCAGACAGGAAGGGUGGAGGGCAAAGGGAGGGGAGGAGAGAGGGGCAGGCCGAGGGGUGGGUCGGGGGGUGGGCUGGGGCAGUGACUUCCGUGGAGGAGAAGCCUUUCAUAAGCUCCAGCCUUCCUGUGGCCACAGUAGGACCAGAGUGGACCAGCGCACCCCAGGAGAGAGGACUGGGGUCCCAGGAGUAGGAGGAGCCCGAGCACCAUGAGCUCCGGAGCCCCUGCACACCUUGGCCUCUGCCUCUGGCUGUGGCUGGGCGCCACCCUGGGAAGAGAGCAAGUUCAAGCAAGUGGCCUCCUGAGGCUGUCUGUGCUGCCUGAGGACCGGCUGCAGAUGAAGUGGAGAGAGUCGGAGGGGAGCGGCCUCGGCUACCUGGUGCAGGUGAAGCCCAUGGCAGGGGACUCAGAACAGGAGGUGAUACUGACCACCAAGACCCCUAAGGCCACAGUGGGGGGCCUGAGCCCCUCCAAGGGCUACACCUUGCAGAUCUUCGAGCUCACUGGCUCUGGGCGCUUCCUGCUAGCUCGGAGGGAGUUUGUGAUUGAGGAUCUGAAGAGUAGCUCCCUGGACAGAAGCAGCCAGAGGCCCCUCAGCUCUGGAGCCCCGGAGCCCACCCCCUCCCACACGGGGAGCCCAGACCUUGAGCAGGCUUCUGAGCCCCAAGUUGCCUUCACACCAAGCCAGGAUCCGCCCACUCGUGGUGGGUCAGAGUGGAGAGAGACCGGCCCCCAGUUCCGCUGCCUGCCCCCCGUGCCUGCUGACAUGGUCUUCCUGGUGGACGGGUCCUGGAGCAUUGGCCACAGUCACUUCCAGCAGGUCAAGGACUUCCUGGCCAGCGUCAUCGCACCCUUUGAAAUCGGGCCGGAUAAGGUCCAAGUAGGCCUGACUCAGUACAGCGGGGAUGCUCAGACUGAGUGGGACCUGAACUCCCUCAGCACCAAGGAACAGGUGCUGGCAGCUGUGCGCCGCCUCCGCUACAAGGGGGGGAACACGUUCACAGGCCUUGCCCUGACCCACGUGCUGGGGCAGAACCUGCAGCCGGCGGCUGGCCUCCGUCCAGAGGCAGCCAAGGUGGUGAUUCUGGUGACGGACGGCAAGUCCCAGGACGAUGUGCACACUGCUGCCCAUGUCCUCAAGGACCUGGGCGUGAACGUCUUCGCUGUGGGUGUGAAGAACGCCGAUGAGGCUGAGCUGAGGCUCCUGGCGUCCCCGCCGAGGGACAUCACCGUCCACAGCGUGCUGGACUUCCUGCAGCUUGGCGCGCUGUCUGGCCUGCUCAGCCGCCUCAUCUGCCAGAGGCUCCAGGGUGGGAGCCCGCGGCAGGGCCCAGCAGCAGCGGCUCCAGCCCUGGACACCCUCCCUGCCCCCACCAGCCUGGUCCUGAGCCAGGUGACCUCCUCCAGCAUCCGCCUGUCCUGGACUCCAGCCCCCCGGCACCCCCUCAAGUAUCUGAUCGUUUGGCGAGCCUCUAGAGGUGGCACCCCCAGGGAGGUGGUGGUGGAGGGGCCCGCCGCCUCCACAGAGCUGCACAACCUGGCCUCCCGCACAGAGUACCUGGUCUCCGUGUUCCCCAUCUAUGAGGGCGGGGUUGGCGAAGGCCUGCGGGGCCUGGUGACCACAGCACCUCUGCCUCCGCCCCGGGCGCUGACCCUGGCCGCAGUGACGCCCAGAACCGUCCACCUCACCUGGCAGCCCUCGGCCGGGGCCACCCACUACCUGGUGCGAUGUUCUCCUGCUUCCCCUAAGGGUGAGGAGGAGGAGCGAGAGGUGCAGGUCGGGCGGCCCGAGGUGCUGCUGGAUGGCCUGGAACCUGGCAGGGACUAUGAGGUCUCGGUGCAGAGCCUGCGAGGCCCUGAGGGCAGCGAGGCCCGGGGCAUCCGUGCCAGGACCCCCGCCCUGGCCCCCCCGAGACACCUGGGCUUCUCAGACGUGAGCCACGACGCGGCACGAGUGUUCUGGGAGGGCGCCCCGAGGCCUGUGCGCCUGGUCAGGGUCACCUAUGUCUCCAGCGAGGGUGGACACUCGGGGCAGACAGAGGCUCCUGGGAACGCCACCUCGGCCACGCUGGGGCCUCUCUCUUCCUCCACCACCUACACUGUCCGUGUCACCUGCCUCUACCCUGGGGGUGGCUCCUCUACGCUGACUGGCCAGGUGACCACCAAGAAAGCUCCCAGCCCAAGCCAGCUGUCCGUGACGGAGCUGCCAGGGGACGCAGUCCAGCUGGCGUGGGUGGCCGCAGCCCCGUCUGGCGUGCUUGUCUACCAGAUCACGUGGACGCCCCUGGGAGAGGGGAAGGCUCACGAGAUCUCUGUCCCAGGGAACCUCGGCACAGCCGUCCUGCCUGGCCUAGGGAGGCACACAGAGUACGACGUCACCAUCUUGGCCUACUACAGGGACGGGGCCCGCAGUGACCCUGUGUCCCUCCGCUAUACCCCCUCCACGGUGAGCAGGAGCCCACCCUCCAACCUGGCCCUGGCCUCGGAGACCCCCGACAGCCUGCAGGUCAGCUGGACACCCCCGCUUGGCCGCGUGCUCCAUUACUGGCUCACCUACGCCCCCGCCUCUGGCUUGGGACCCGAGAAAUCCGUCUCUGUGCCAGGACCCAGGAGCCACGUGACACUGCCCGACCUGCAGGCAGCCACGAAGUACAGGGUCCUGGUCUCAGCUAUCUAUGCAGCAGGCAGGAGUGAGGCUGUGUCUGCCACAGGCCAGACAGCAGCCUGCCCAGCCCUCGGCCCCGACGGCUCCCUCCCAGGGUUUGACCUGAUGGUGGCCUUCAGCCUGGUGGAAAAGGCUUAUGCGUCCAUCCGGGGCGUGGCCAUGGAGCCCUCUGCCUUCGGUGGGACCCCGACCUUCACGCUCUUCAAGGACGCCCAGCUGACAAGACGGGUCAGUGACGUCCACCCAGCCCCCCUACCUCCAGAGCACACCAUCGUCUUCCUUGUGCGCCUACUUCCCGAGACACCCCGUGAAGCCUUCGCGCUGUGGCAGAUGACAGCCGAGGACUUCCAGCCCCUCCUUGGGGUUCUGCUGGAUGCUGGGAAGAAGUCCCUGACCUACUUCCACCGCGACCCCAGGGCUGCCUUGCAGGAGGCCACCUUCGACCCGCAGGAAGUGAGGAAGAUUUUCUUCGGGAGCUUCCACAAGGUGCACGUGGCUGUGGGCCGCUCCAAGGUCAGGCUCUAUGUGGACUGCCGGAAGGUGGCUGAGCGGCCCCUUGGGGAGAUGGGCAGCCCACCCGCUGCCGGCUUCGUCACGCUGGGGAGGCUGGCCAAGGCCAGGGGCCCCCGGAGCAGUUCGGCCGCGUUUCAGCUCCAGAUGCUGCAGAUCGUGUGCAGUGACACCUGGGCCGAUGAGGACCGGUGCUGUGAGCUCCCUGCCUCGAGGGAUGGAGAGACCUGCCCGGCCUUCGUGUCUGCCUGUUCCUGUUCCUCAGAGACCCCUGGGCCCCCAGGACCUCAAGGACCCCCAGGCCUCCCUGGAAGGAAUGGCACCCCAGGAGAGCAGGGCUUCCCAGGGCCCAGGGGAGAGCCCGGGCCACCCGGACAGAUGGGACCAGAAGGUCCUGGAGGCCAGCAGGGCUCACCGGGGACCCAGGGCCGCGCAGUCCAGGGGCCUGUGGGUCCACCAGGGGUCAAAGGAGAGAAAGGAGACCAUGGGCUCCCAGGCUUGCAGGGCCACCCCGGCCACCAGGGCAUCCCCGGGAGAGUUGGCCUCCAGGGACCAAAGGGAAUGAGAGGCCUGGAGGGAACUGCUGGCCUGCCUGGACCCCCUGGCCCCAGGGGGUUCCAGGGCAUGGCAGGGGCCAGGGGCACUAGUGGAGAGCGAGGACCUCCAGGGACCGUGGGGCCCACAGGACUGCCGGGGCCCAAAGGGGAACGAGGAGAGAAGGGUGAGCCGCAGUCCCUUGCCACCCUCUACCAGCUUGUGAGCCAGGCCUGUGAGUCUGCCAUUCAGACACACGUGUCAAAGUUCGACUCCUUCCACGAGAACACCAGGCCCCCCAUGCCCAUCUUGGAGCAGAAGCUGGAGCCAGGCACUGAGCCCCUGGGGUCCCCUGGCACCCGCAGCAAGGCCCUGGUUCCUGGAGAAUGGGGGCGUGGUGGCCGCCACCUUGAGGGCAGAGGGGAGCCUGGAGCUGUUGGUCAGACGGGCAGCCCUGGGAAGCAGGGGGCUAGCAUCCAGGGCCUCUGGGAGUGACAGGACAUUUUCUGCACUGCCCCGAGGAACGCUGAGCCUUCCUCCCUGGGUUUGUCUGGACACCGAGAGCGACCACAUCCUGGAGAAGCCAGGAGAAAAGCUCAGGAAGAGCCUGCAGGUGGAAGGAGAGGGAAGCAGCGGCCUCGGCCAAGGCCCACCCCAUGCUCUUGGCUCUGUAGCAUUUCCAAGUUCAGAUAAACCCCUGAGUGCUCA